CUUUGAGCCAGCCACCAUUCUUCUCAAUCAUGGGAAUGGCCCCGCGAUGGUCAGGGUGUCCGUACAACAUCACCGACUUGCCACGACUGGCGAGGUCGGCUGCAAAGGCACAUCCGCAAGGUCCUGCGCCGAUGAUGGUCACCGCUGGGGAGAGAUCAAAGUUAUCAACCGCCAUAUUGUUGCUACCGUUGGGUCCUAUGAGGAUGUCUGAAAAGGAGAAGAGAAUGCUGUGAGCGAAUGGUUUGAUGUGCUCCUCGGAUUCGAGAAGGAUUGCGCUGGUUAUAUAGUCACCUCAUCUGCAGAUCAAUAACCCUAAGUUGGAUACCCAUCUUCCUGAAAAUACCGACAUAUCACUCCGGCUCCGGUUGACCGACCUCCUCCACCAAUAUCCUCUCACACCACCCGGGUGAACCAUGUUAAACUCGCGCGAUGCAAAUCGUCUUCACCCGCCCCCACACGUCCCUAACGCAUCUCAUGGGCCCAGCGUCAAUCAUCCUGUUCCUGUUUAUUAUCGUGGUAUCUAGGUUUUGGAACUUCAAAUCGCCCGAUAAGAUCGUUCUGCGCGGAUCUUUCCACGCGCGGCGGAGAAUCAGCCUUGCGUGUGAUUCCAAGUCGACGGAAAUUGGCUGUAUGGGAACUCCAUUACGCAACACCGUCAGAUGAAGAUCAUCCUGAGAAAUUUGCGGAUCGCGUCAUCAACAAUAUCCCACUGAUGAUCGGCGUAGCAUAUUUGGACUUCUUCUUCUAAGAUCAUACUUAGCACUGCUUGGUGGGAUGC